UAUUUCGAAUAAGUUUUCAGUCAAACGCAUGUGUGAUCAUGACUAUUUAAUAUUUUUGGGAAGCAGACUGCCUUCAUACUGACACUUGAACGGGCCACACUUGAACAUUGAAAACACUUUUACAGGAUGAGACAACGACCAUGCUUGUAGUGAUUGGGUUUUUAGAUUAAAUCAGCUUCUUGGGAAGAACACUUAAUUUUCCAACAAAUCUGGAGGCCUGCGAGAAGAAUUUAUUUGAUUUAAAUCGAUAUGGACGAUACUGUUACAUGUACCAUUUACACGAUUGACAUCUCUUUGCAUUUUAUGCAAUACAAUGGCAGAUAUUAGAAAGGUGAAAUGUGUGCUCAAUGGUGGAUUGGAAAAAGAGGUUGUAGCUGACAAAUCAAAAGGAAAAAGAAGAUUGAAACGUGAAAGAAAAUCAGAGCAAGCAAGUUCGUGUAGUUAUAAGCAGCCAAAAGACUCUCAGCAUGUUAUACCGGAAGAAUGUACUUCAGAAAUUUAUGAGAAAACUGAAAAUCUACCCUUUGAUGGUGAAGAAAUUUAUACCAGUCUGUUAAAGUCAAUGCAUGCUAUUGUUCCUGUUGACAACCAGUAUAAAGCAUUUUUAAUGCAAGACUACAACAUGUGUAAGAAGAUGUUAAAGGAUCAGUAUGUUGUUAUACAGAGGAGAGUUCUUAUUAUUGAAGGAAUACACAGAUGGAUGUAUUGUUGUUCCUGUAAUGUUGCCCAAGAAAGACUCCUGCUAAGCAUACCUGACAAUCUUACAGGAAACAUUGAAAAGGAUUUGGAAGAAAAAUGCAUACAUGUUGCACCUGCAAAGGGAAUAAUAGAGGGUUUUCAAAUGGAAAUUUCUCCAGAGGCAGCCUAUGUUAAAGGCAAGCAAACUGAAAAUGAAACAGAUCACACAUAUGACAAGCAAAGGGCAAAUAUUGAGGUCUUUGGUCUGGAAAAUAACUCCAGUAUCCUAUGUGUAAGAUGGCAGGAUGCAAAUGAUACCACCUACAACAUUGUGAGAGUAGAAUACAGUGGGCUUACACCACAAUUGGCAUGUCAAUCCUGCCCGCAUUCAUCUGAAACCUGUAAACAUAUAAAAGGAAUACUAAAUACAGAAGAAACCUCUGACAUUCCAGUCAAUGUUAAAGAAGCCUUGAACCAGGAAAUGAAAUGGAGAUCAAGAUAUGUGCCACAAAGCAUCUCCCAACUUAAAAUACCAUUUGAUUGUCCAUCUGAGGAGCAGAAAAGGAAUCGCCACACACAGGUGCCUAAUACGAUUGAAGAUUUCAUACUGAAACUGGUUCCACCAAUUGACGGCUCAUGUGACUGUGGAUCAGGUUGGGGUAUUGCCUCUGAAGAAGCAGACAUGAAACUGUAUACAACAAAUGAUGUAAUACAAGUAAAGACUUAUUACCGAAAAUGCCUGAAUACUGGAGAAUGCCAAAAUGUUAAGGAAUACGAUGGCUGUGAAGACCAACUUCUAAAUAUGGGCACAUAUUUAGUGUCGCAUAAGGUUUUAAGAAAUUAUCUUAAACAGUAUGUAACUCAAGGGUGCACACUAUCAUCAUUUUACAAACAAUGGACUUGGGAGCAACUUGAAAGUGGGAAUUUGAACUUUUCAGAGGAGUUCCAGUAUAACAGGUUAAGAUAUGCAUGGUACAGUUUCCUGGAGUUAUUGGAUUUGAAUUAUAACAAUGGGUUUUCCUGUCCUGAGUGUGGAGACUGUCCACACACUGUGGUUAUGGAUGGAGUUUCUUUGGGACUUAGAAAGACCUUCAUGCCUUGGAAACAAUAUUUAAAGGAGACAACAGAUAAUGCUACAUUUGAUGGAAGUUCUCACAAUACACGAGUAUUUAUCAACAAUGCUGAAACGAGAAAGCUACUGUUGAAGUUUGUGAAGGAGGGGUUAGAUGAAAAAGAGUACUGCCAAUUACAAAAACUAAUUACAACUUAUCAACCUGCAAUGACAGAUAUUUUGAAUGACUUUUGGGAAUCUGGUUUUGCCAAAUGUCCUGGGAUUUAUUGUGAUUUGUUAUCAGUAUUAUCAAGCAAUUAUCCAGUUUGUGGUUUUCUGCAUGAUAACAAUAGAAUCUUUCAAAUAUUUUCUGAUUGGGGAUUUUUUUUUCAAAAUGAUGACAGUGUGCUUUUGGAGCAAGAAGUUCCUUUAUUUUUUAAACUUUUAAAAAACCUGGAAUGGAAAAUUCCUGAAUUUAUGCAUCCUAUCAUGAAGGAGUUAGUUGUAAGGGCACAGUCACCAUUCAUUGGCAAAAUACACAACAUCUCAGAGUGUGAAUCAGGCUGUGCAUGUGGAGGGAUUGGUUUUUUUCCGACAAUGCCAACUCUUUGCCACAGAGGAAACUACAGAAUUGAUAAAAAAAAACCUAGGAUGGAAACAAAAUGCACAAAAAAAAGAUCAACACAUCCAACAUUAACACCUGGAUUAUUUACAGUCUCGUGUAUCCAUGGCAUUUGCUAUGGCUAUGAGAUUAUGGAAGAUGCAGAGAGUCCCAACAUUCCUUUUACUGUUCUCCGUACCAGAUUUCAUACUGCUCCUAAGCUUAUUAUCUAUGAUAAUGCAUGCAACCUGCAUCAGUACUGUCUAAACAGAGACCCUGUGUUUUUCCAACAUUCUUGGUUUUUGGUUGAUCGUUUUCAUUGGUGCAAUCAUGUUGGUUGUCAUAUAGGAUAUAAUCUAGAUAACUACCUACAAUAUAAAUGGAUCAACUCACAGGUUGCAGAACAAAGAAAUAGCACAUUGAAAAAACUGAAGAGUAUGCUCUCUUAUAUGAAUUUAAAAAAUUUUACAACUCAUUGUAAUUUUUUUUUAUGGUUUCGUAACAUGUUAACCCUAGCUCGUAUGGACAAUGAUCUAUUUGUAAACACUGAUUUCAAGCUUUUUUGCCAUCUGAGUAAAGUGUAUACUACAUGUAAAUGAAUCAGUUCAAUUAACUUAAUGAAAACAGAAUUCUCAUUCUGUUCAGAUAAGAUUGUAUGAUCAUAUUCAUCAAAGUAACUAGGCUAAUGUUUUAUUUUACAUCAGAUAUUUGUUUGUCUUAAAAAAGAUAAAUUAAUAUGGCUGCUAUCAAAAUAUGGUUUUUGAUUACACACUCAAGUAACAUUGUUUCCUAUUCAUCUGUUAUUUCAAGAUAUAAUUUUGUUGAAAUGCACUAGAAACUUGCUUACUGAAAAGAACUUACCAGGCAUGAAGAAAAACGUGCGACUUAUUAGUUCAGGAUGAGGACAACUUAAAAAAUGUUGGUUUAGGCCUGUGGGUAUUUUUCAACCAUGUUUUAAAAUUCUGUUAAAUUAACUGAUUCUUACAAAGACUUUUACUUUAAAUGAAUGUAUAAUUAUUUUUUUAAUAGAUCCAUGAGGUGAACAUUCAAUAUUGUAAGAAUGGAAGUGAAGAGAAAUUAUUCAUAAUUCACAUGUCUGUCUCUGUUAAACUCGAGUACAAAGUUAAAAAGCAUUGUUAACCUAAAAAUCUGAAAAAAAAUUGCCUUAAUAGGCUUAGAUAAGCCUUACACUUCAUUGUUUUAGCUGUCUGGUACUAGUGAUGUAGUCACAGUAUCCAUUCAUGAUGUUAUAAAAGUAAGGAAUUACACAAUAUGAAGUUAGUUAUAAGAUAUCUUGUGUCAAAAUAAUUAACUUAUCUAAUUUACAUCUUGAUAUCAGAUAAGACUUUGUAGUCUGUAAUCUAUAUAUGACUUUAUUCAUGGUAAAUUUUUUCAGAACUUCUGUUUGAUAUUUUCUUCUGCAUUUGACAGCAUAAACAAAAAACAUUGAUGUUAAACACUUUCCAGGUUUCGAAAUUGUAUCAAAGUUUUUCUUCACAUAACAUUGUCAGGUAUAAUAUUGCAUUACAUUAUAUUUUAUAACAAAACUUGUAUUUAAUCAUUACCUUGAAAUUUUAACAUGUGAUAUUUCCAAUUAUAUUUUUCAUUGAUUGAAGCAUUUUUGCGUUCUUUUGAAUAUACUAUGACACAUUUAUAUCUAUUUAUAUACUAGGUAGAUUCUAGGACAAUAAAUCUUAAACCAUUAUUUGCCCUGGCAUUAAAGUGGUUUUGCCAACUUUCUCUCUUCUGAUGCAUGAAACAAGCAAAUUAUAUAAAGAAUGUUUAUAGCAAGUUUUAUAAAGAGAUAUUACACUAGAAAUGAAAAGAACAUUUUGUAGUAGAGUACAUGUACAUCAUUUAAGGGUGUUGAUUGUGUUAACAUAGAUGUCUAUUUGUUAAAUGAUAUUUGUGAACUGUUUAUUUUGCAUAAAUCUGAUGUCAGAGUGGAUCUCUUUUUGAUUGAUUUUUAUUGUUAGGAUAGGGAUUAUUGUUAUUUAAGCUUGCUUUUGGAUAUGAGCCACCUUUAAGACAUUUGGUCUUUAAUUGAGAGUUGUCUCCUUUCAUUAAAUGCAGUGUAUUUCAAUUGGAAUUGGAAAUUUAAAUGGUAUUCUUUUUUAAAUGUUUGCCUAUAUUUCUUCAGUAAUUAGAACAAGAGAGAGUGUGAGAGAAAGAAAGAGAGAGGGAGAGAUGCAAGCAAGGUGGGUCUGUGUAGGUGAAUGUAGGACAGAAAGUUACAGGACAAAAAGUCACAAUUAUUUUUUUCUGAUUAUUUUCUUUGAAUAAAACACACUUAUUUAUACAAAAAUAUUUUUGUAUUUUUCUUGAACUAUUGUAUAUAAUGUUGAAAAAGAAAAUGUCAAGGUGGCUUGGGUCUUAAAUGACUUCAUGGUGCCAAGAAAUCUUUCUUCUGCAUGAUUAAAAUUAAAUAAAUCUUUAUUUUUCCAGUAUAAUGACACAUUUCCUUAUCUUUAAUUUGAAUAUAUGUAAAAAAGAUAUAUAUUAAAAGACUUUCUCUUACAUAUUCAAACAAUUGUCAACAGAUUACUUGUGACUUUUUGUCCUGUGACUAUCUGUCCCUUUACAUGUGUAAGUUCAUAUCCCAUUACUUAUAAUGUACUUAUUUUAUAAUAAUGAUAAUAUUAAAUAUGAUGGCGGAUGCAAAGAAAAUAUUGGAAAUAAAAGUGAUAUUUUU